GGGCGGGGUGCGGACAGCGGCGGAUCCAAAUGGGACGCAUGCGAUGAAGGACGCUGUCUAACGGGACGAAGCCUGCAGCCCGCUGUUCGCCAUGGCGUCGCCCGGCAACAGCUCCGCACCGCAGACCAGUGGCAAGCAAAUGAAGUCGUUCUCCCUGCUCUUCUACAAGGCCGUGCGCGACCACAAGCCCGUGUGGAUGCUGGAGGACAUGAGGACCAUGGAGACCUUCUACCAGGAAGACGACGCCGGCCGCCGGAUCUACAGCCCGUCGGAGGCGCUGCUGUACGCCAUCGUGCACGACCAUCAAGCCUAUGCCCAGUAUCUGCUGAGUCACUACAGCGAGGAGGCGCUGGCCAGGCCCGGGGAGCGCUUCUUCUGCUUCCCGUCCUCCGCGCCGCAUCUGGCCAUGGCCGUCCGCUACGACCGGCGCUACAUCCUGGGUCUCAUACUGCAGGAGGCGCACAGGACGCGCGCCGUCGCGGCGGCGGCCGCGUGCAGGAGCAGGGGAGGGGGCUUCCCCGCGGAGGACGGCAAGACGCCGCUGCAUCUGGCGUGCGAGCUGCUGCGCCCCGAGGCGGUCAUCAUGCUGCUGGGCAACGGCGCGCCGCCGCUGGCCGUGGACCACAACGGCAUGACGCCGCUGGACGUCGUCCUGGACAAGUUCCGCGGCGCCGGGGUGAACGCGGCCGAGACGCGGCAGUGUCUGGACAACCUGCUGAUGUUCAUGCCGGAGAUGAAUUUCAAAUCGAAACGCGCCCUCGCCAAAGACCCCGACUGCUGGACGGAGGCGCUGGGGGAGGAGACGUACCAGUACGUGGUGGGCAGGAGCCCCGCGCCGCUGCUGCUGCUCGCUAUGCAAACCACGCUGAGGCAGCUGAGCCCGGCCAGCUUCCCCGAGAGCCUCGACGAGCUGCCCAUACCGUCCUCCCUCAAGCCGCCCGGCCUGCCUUCCGCCCGACGCCUGAGGACGAGGUUAAUGUAGGCUGCAGCGCAGUGCUGGACUGUCCAGUCUUCCAGGACCCCCCCCGCCGCCCCACCGUCCUGCAGGUUUUCAUUAUAACCCUGCAUUAGGUGGGCUUUGGGGGUUGCCGCCUUUGAGAAGUGAAUGAGGAACAGAUCACCGGGUGGGGGGGGGGUUGCAUUAUGUCUUUUAUGUGGCUUUAAAUUGGGCUCCCGC